AUGGCACCGUGGCAGCACCGCCUCCUCGUGCUAGGAGCUUCCUUUGUCGUGUCUGCUCGAGGAUCGUCGAUAUUUACAUGUGAUGGAGGUGCAACAGCUUUGGAGCAAAACAAAGUUAACGACGACUACUGUGACUGCCUCGACGGCGCGGACGAGACGCUUACGCCAGCCUGCUCUCACACCGGGCAAGCGAGGUUUGCCUGCACGGACACGGGCCCGCUCAACCAUACGAUCCCUACGUCCAGGUUGUGGGACGGAGUGUGCGACUGCUGCGACGGCAGCGACGAGCUUGUCGAGCGGGGGGGAGUUGGCGAGAGGUCGAUCGGUGCUGCUGCGGCGGCGGGUGCGGCGGGGUCUGCAGCAAGAGCAACAGCAACAUGCGAUCGAAACGGUUGCGAGCGGGUCCUAGAGGACGCUCGGACAACAGCGAUGGAGGCGUAUAGAAGGGUGGAAGCCGGGCUCGAGGCUCGGAAGGGGGCUGAGGAGAGGAGCGAGCGGGUGGUGGCAGAGUGGCAGGCUACCCUGAACGCGGGGGAGGUGGACGAGGAGGUUCAAAAACAGGAACUCAAGGCGGUGGAGAAGCUGGAGGUGCUCUUGAAGGUGUACCUGCAGGAUGAGGAGAGAAAAGAGAGGAGAGAGAGGGUGCAGCUGGCAGAGCAAGGGCGCUGUGAAACAGCCUCGCGGCGGGAGGGAGGCGACGGACAGGGUGGCGCUGGGCGGAGGGCUAUGGCAGCGGCGCUAGGCCCGUGCGAAGAAAACACCACUGAGAGGGAAGCAGCUGCGAAGGUCCGCGCGGCGCGGGCGGCGGCAAGGACACGUCGCGACGCCGACGAAGGCCAAGAACUGAAGAACAAGAACAAGAACAAGAACAAGAAGAGAAACAGCAGUAGGGGGGACCGCGACCGUGGGGGAAGCGGAGGAGAAGGCGGUAGAGAAAGGAAUCGCGGUAGAGGCGGCGGUGGCUUGGAAGAAGGCGCCUCGACCGUGGAAGACAUUCUUGGGCUCGAGUGGGUGGUAGAUGUGAGUGCCGACGACGAUGAUGGUGCUUUCAGAGAUCGUGGGACUGGGGGAAAUCGUGAACCCGGUGGCGGUAGCGGUAGCGGUAGCGGCACCGUUAAUGGUGGUGGGGGACGGGACAGGGAGGAGGAAGAUGCGCAGACGACCGCGCUGAGCUUGAAGGCGUACGUGAAGCAGCGGCAGGCGGGGAGCGCGGCGGCCAACGGGGGUCAAGGUCAGGCGAAGGCGGGGGAGAAGAGAGCGGAGGAGUUGCGCAAGACGGCGCUGUUGGGCCCUGUGCUGAACGACGGAGAGAGGGGUGUCUACCUCGGACUGACGAUCCUCUUGAGGCUGGCGGGGCUCCCCCUGCUGUCCCCGCUCCGCGGCCUGGCGGCGGCGUUCGGAUUCUUGCGAGACCGGGCGGCGAGGGCCGCGGCCGGGCUUGCGGCGUCGGAGUCGUGGGGCCUGGCCCCUGCCUCGACGGUGCGGGUCGCCCUCGAGGGCUACCGGGAUCGCGGGCUGCCGGGGAUAAGCCCGCACCUGGACUACCGAAGGUACCCGACCCUGCGCUCCGUCGUUCUCCACUGGGACGAGUUCUUGCACGGAAACGGGAAGUCCUUGCUGGUGAUGUGGGACGCUCCCGUCGCUUUGUGGGACUUCUGUUUCCCGUACCGUGACGACAAGCACGAGAGGCCAGAGGCGGCCAUGUUACGCGAGGGAAUAGCGCGCGCCAGGGCGAUACUGCAGGAGAAAAAGCCCGACACCGCCGGAAGGGGGGGACGGGGGAAGCGGCGACGAGAAGAGUCGGAAGCGAAGCGCUUGUCCGGGCUUGACCUUGGGGAGGGCUCGAGGUUCGCAGCGCUGGCGGAAAAAUGUCUUGAUCUUGAGGAAGGGGGCUACCUCUACAGCUUGUGCCCCUUCAAGGAAGCCAAGCAGGACAAGCACAGCCUGGGUCGGUGGAGAGGGUGGGGACCGGGCGGCCGCGGGCGGGCGGGGCGAGGGCGGGACCGGGUAAUGCUGUUCGACGGAGGCAGCCGCUGCCACAACAACAAGCAGAGGUCUUGCGAGGUGUCGGUGCAGUGCGGGUCCGAGGACGCCCUCGUCGCCGCGGAGGAGAUCGAGAUUGGGACCUACCGCCUCAGACUGGAAACCCCUCUGGCGUGCACCGAGGCUCACCUGGCGGAGGCCGAGCGAGGGCUGGAGGCCCUUGGCUUGGUUCGGCCGUCGGCACGGGGGGGGCUGCGACCUGAAGAGGAGGGGGCGUUUUCUUCUUCGGGGAGGGUGGAGGGAUGUGGCACGGCGGGCGCAGCAGGCGUCUGCGCCAAGCGGGAGUUGUAG